UUCAACCCCUCCCAGCUCUAUUUAAAGAGACCUCCCUGGAUUCCUUUUCCCAGAUUUUUCCCCAGAUUUUCCCCCCAAAAUGCAGCUGCCUGGGCUGUGGCUGUGCCUGAGCUUUGGCUGGGCUGGCUCCCUGAGCCCCUCGUGCCUGUCAGCCCAGUUCAGGAGGCCGGGGGAUUUCAUCCUGGGGGGUUUGUUCCCCUUUGGCAAGGACACGGUGAACCUGACAGCGCGCUCAGAGCCCACCCUGCUGCUCUGUGAGAGGUUAUUCGCGGACGGGCUGAUCUGGGCGCUGGGGAUGAGGUUUGCCAUCGAGCAGAUCAACAAUUCCAGCUCUCUCCUGCCAGGAGUCACGCUGGGCUAUGACAUGUACGACACCUGCUCCGAGCCCCUGGUGGCCCUGCAGCCCAGCCUGCUCUUCCUGAGCCAGAAGGGCACCGCGGGCAUCGGGGUGCUCUGCGACUACAGCCAGUACCAGCCCCGCGUCACCGCCGUCAUCGGGCCCCACAGCUCGGACCUGGGCCUGGCCACGGCCAAGCUCUUCAGCUCCUUCCUCAUCCCGCAGCUCCAGAGAUGCAUGCAGGAAUCCUUUCCCAAGCCCUGUAAGAAUUUUCUCCCUUUUCUCCCCCACAACUCCGACCUGUGUCUGGCCAUGGCCAAGCUCUUCAGCUCCUUCCUGAUCCCGCAGGUGAGCUACGGAGCCAGCAGCGAGACCCUGAGCAACACGGAGCUGUACCCGUCCUUCUACCGCACCGUGCCCAGCGACAAGAACCUGGUGGAGGCCAUAGUGCUGCUCCUCAACCAGUUUGGCUGGAACUGGGUCGCCACGGUGGGCAACGACGAUGCGUAUGGCCAGGGGGCCCAGGCCCUCUUCCUCAGCAUGGCUGGCACCAACAACAUCUGCAUCGCCUUCGAGGGGCUCAUCCCCACAGACCUGACCGAGCCCAAUGCCGAAAAGCAGCUGGAAAACACAAUUAAGUUAAUUAACAGCACCAAAGUCAACGUCAUCGUGCUGCUUGCACACAACGUGCCAGCCCAGGCCCUGCUGGAGCACAGCAUCAGGAUGGGGCUGGGCAAGAAGGUCUGGAUUGGCACCGAGGCCUGGAUGCUGUCGGACAUCGCCACCUCCACCCCCAACAUCCAGAGCGUCGGGACGGUGCUGGGCUUUGUCAUGAGAACGGGGACGGUCCCCGGCUUCCAGGAGUACGUGGCUGAGCUCUUCAGCUCCGUCACGCAGGACGAGUUCUGCCGGCAGUCCAGGGAGCUGAGCCGCCUCACGAACGCCGAGGUGCUGGGCACGCACUGCCAGCAGUGUGGCAACGUCACCCUCGGGGACGUCUGGCCCAUGCUGGCGGUGACCACGGUGCAGCCGGUGCACACAGCCGUGUACAGCGUGGCCCACGCCCUGCACAGAGCUCUGGGCUGCACCGCCAGAGGCUGUCCCAGAACACCCAUCAGGCCCUGGCAGCUGCUGCACUUCAUGAACACCCUCCCGUUCGAGGUGAACGGCCAGAGCUUCAGGUUUGACCAAUCCCACGGCACAAACACUGGGUACAAACUCAUCUUCUGGGCCUGGAGGGACGGCAGCGUGACCUACCUGCCCGUGGGGGACUACGACCAGUCCCUGUACGUCCGUAAGUCCCAGAUCAAGUUCCACACCGCAGAUAAGAAGGAGCCCACAUCCGAGUGCUUCAGGCGCUGCCAGCCAGGACAAUUCAGAAGAAUAAAAGGAUUCAACCUUUGCUGCUAUGACUGCACAGACUGCUCAGAAAAUACCUUCUGGAGCAGCACAGACAGCACCAGCUGCUCCCCGUGCCCGCGGCACCAGUGGGCGCCCGCCCGCAGCACGCGGUGCCACGACCGCAGCGAGAGGUUCCUCUUCUGGGACGAGCCCCUGGCCGUGGCCCUGGUGGCCCUGGCGGCCCUGACGGCGGCCCUGAGCGGCGCGGCGGCGCUGCUGUUCCUGAAGCACCUGCGGAGCCCGCUGGUGCAGCUGGCGGGGGGUGCCAGGAGCCUCUUUGCCCUGCUCUGGCUGCUGCUGCAGAGCCUCAGCUGCUGCCUGUACGUGGGCAGGCCCAGCGCGGCGCUCUGCUCGCUGCAGCAGCUCUCCUACGCCCUGUGCCUCAACGGCUGCUUCUCCACCUUCGUGCCCAAGGCCCUGGAGGUCGCCCUGCUGACGGAAUUCCCUCGCUGCGCCCCCAGGCUGCUGCGCUGGGUGACCCACGGCAGGGCCUGGCUGCUGGUGGCCGCCUCCAUGCUCACCCAGGCGUUGCUCUGCUUGUGCCACCUCCGCCUGGGCCCUGACUACCUGGUGGCCGACUACGAGUCCCUGCCCAGGGAGGUGCUGCUGCUGUGUGGCACGCAGUCCUGGGCUGCCUUUGUCCUCCUGCACGGCUACAACAGCUGCCUGGCCUUCUCCUGCUUCCUGUGCACCUUCAUGGUGCAAACCCCAGCCAGGAGGUACAACGUGGCCAGGGGCAUCACCUUUGCCACCCUCAUCUAUUUCGUCGUCUGGAUCUUCUUCGUGGUGAUUUUCGCCACGCUCAGGACGGUCCUCAGGGCCGUCACGCAGAUUUGCACCGUCCUGGCCACCACCCUGGGGAUCUUGGCCAGUUACUUCGUGCCCAAGUGCUACAUCUUGGUGUUCAGGCCUGAUCUGAACACGGGGGAUUAUUGCCAGAACCCCUCUGAGGAGCAGCCAGAGCAGGACAGACAAUAAACCACACCCUGUGUCACCUGCUCCUCGCACAAGCUGGAUUUUAAGGAGAAAAUCCUUUUUAUGAGCACUCUGUGGCCACAGGCACAAUCACACCUGAACUAGAGCUGUGAAAGCACAGGGCUCGGCAAGUCCAGAGGAGCAGCCUCCAUCCUCUCUGGAAACACAUUUCAGCCCCAAAAACGAGCCAAAAUCAGGUUCAGUUAAUGAAAGAACCUCCAGAAAUGAUAUUUUACACCAAUCUCUCAAGUGUGGCCAUGUGAGUCACCAACACCAUUUCCCUGUAAACACUUCAGGUAAUUUCCCUUAUUAAAUAACAGCUCCUGAGAUAGAGCCAGGAAUGCUUUCCCAAGCCUUGUAAGAAUUGUCAAAUCUACCCAAUAAAGGAGAAGUAAAAAGAACAUUCUGGCAGGUAGCAGCAGCUGUGUGUGAGAUACAAAGGGGGAAUUGCCCAUUCAAAUCCCAGCUCACUCGAUUUGUGUGGAAACCCAUGGAAAUCAGGGACAGACUGAUGGAAAUGAGCUCGGUGCAAAUCACUCUGCAAAGGCACAGCAGGAGGUUCCUCCCUCCCCAAAAAACAGGCAAAAAUCACCAAAAACUUCACACUGGUGCCAGGCAGUGCCAAGUCAAUAUCCAGUCACAUCACCAUGAUUUUUCUUUUCCCUACUCAUGCUGAAAAGGAAUUAUUCUGCUCUUUUAUUCCUUAAAAGUUUUUUCCA